AUGGCACCAGGCACAGGUCUGACCUUGCAUUUGCUUUCUCUUCCAGUGGGCUCUGACCCUCCCACUUCCUGCUGCUUUUCUUACACCUCUUCGCAGCUCCCUCGCAAAUUUGUGACAGACUACUAUGAGACCAGCAGCCUCUGCUCCAAGCCAGCUGUGGUAUUCCUGACCAGAAGGGGCAAACAAGUCUGUGCUGACCCCAGCCUGCCCUGGGUCAAUGAGUACGUGAAUGACUUGGAGAUGAACUGA